AUGGCCGACGAGCAACCUCGUGGCAUCGACCACACCGAUUCCCUCGACUCUAAUGAUGGUCCGAAGCAGCCGGACAAGAAGAAGAGUCGUCGCCCUGCGAACACUGCCUUUCGACAACAGCGUCUAAAGGCCUGGCAACCCAUCCUGACGCCGAAGACGGUUCUGCCUCUCUUCUUCGCCAUCGGAAUCAUAUUCGCUCCCAUCGGGGGCCUGCUACUGUACGCGAGCGCUCAGGUUCAAGAGAUUCGACUCGACUACACCAAUUGCGUUGUUAAUGCCCCUAUUCUCAAAGAUGGCAAAGGCUUCAAGGCCAUUCCCAGCGACGCUAUCAGCACCGCAUUCAAGAGUUCUAACAGUUCCGUGAAUGCUCAAUGGGCGCGGGAGAAGAACGUCAGCACCACCCUUGACAACGGCGUCAAAGUGUACAACCCUCGAUGCCAUAUCAAGUUCACCACCCCCGAGGAAAUGAAACCCCCUGUUCUCUUCUACUACCACCUCACCAACUUCUACCAGAACCACCGUCGAUACGUCCUGUCCUUCGACACGGACCAGCUCAAGGGCCACAAGCGAUCUUACAGCGACAUUAAGAAUUCGGACUGCACUCCUCUGUAUGGCGAGGAAGGAAAGCCUUACUAUCCAUGUGGUCUCAUCGCCAACUCCAUGUUCAACGAUACCUUUUCCAGCCCCGUCCUCUCAACACCUCCCAAUGCCGUUGGCAACGAGACGUGGGAGUACCUUAUGAGCAACAACUCGGGUAUCUCGUGGGAUAGCGACAGGGACCUCUACGGAGAGACACAGUACGACUACAGCGACAUCGUUCCCCCACCCAACUGGCAAGAGCGCUACCCCGACGGAUAUACCAAGAAGACGCCUCCUCCUAACCUCAAGGAGUGGGAGGCUUUCCAGGUCUGGAUGCGAACUGCUGGUCUUCCUACCUUCAGCAAGCUGUACCAGCGCAAUAAUACCCAGGCCAUGUGGUCUGGAACUUAUGAUCUUGUAAUUGACGACCGCUUCCCCACUCGCGAGUACAAGGGCACCAAGUCCAUCAUCAUCUCUACUCGAACCGUUGUUGGAGGACGCAACCCCUUCCUUGGCAUCGCUUACGUGGUUGUCGGUGGUGUCUGCAUUAUUCUCGGCACCGUCUUUACAGUCACUCAUCUCAUCCGGCCCAGAAAACUUGGUGACCACACUUAUCUCUCGUGGAACAACGCCCCUGGCUCAAAGUCGGGCCCCAGCACGGCCACCGCUUCGGGUCGCGAACUUCGUCCUGGCGACGCUUAG